CUCACCACCACCGGCUACACCCAGGAGGACUACACCAUGCUGGGCUCGGACGACUUCUUCUACGUGGGGGGGAGCCCCAGCACGGCGGACCUGCCCGGAUCUCCCGUGAGCAACAACUUCAUGGGCUGCCUCCGAGAGGUGGUGUACAAGAACAACGACAUCCGGCUGGAGCUGUCCCGCCUCGCCCGCAUCGUGGACCCCAAGAUGAAGCUGCAGGGCGACGUGGUCUUCAAGUGCGAGAACGUGCCCACCCUGGACCCCAUCAGCUUCGAGACGCCCGACUCCUUCCUGGCGCUGCCCAAGUGGACCACCAAGCGCGUGGGCUCCAUCUCGUUUGACUUCCGGACCUCCGAGGCCAACGGGCUGAUCCUCUUCACGCACGGCAAGCCCCAGGACCGGAGGGACGCCAAGGGCCAGAAGAACAACAAGGUGGACUUCUUUGCGGUGGAGCUGCUGGACGGGGGUCUCUACCUGCUGCUGGACAUGGGCUCCGGCACCAUCAAGGUCAAGGCCACCCAGGCCAAGGUCAACGACGGAGCCUGGCACCAUGUGGACAUCCAGAGGGACGGCCGCUCAGGCAUCAUCUCGGUCAACAGCCGCCGCUCCCCGUUCACGGCCAGCGGGGAGAACGAGAUCCUGGACCUGGAGGGGGACCUGUACCUGGGCGGGCUGCCCGACAGCCGGGCGGGCCUGGUGCUGCCCACGGAGCUCUGGACCGCCAUGCUGAACUACGGCUACGUGGGCUGCGUCCGAGACCUGUUCAUCGACGGGCGCAGCAAGGACAUCCGGCGGGUCGCUGCGGCGCAGAACGCCACGGGCAUCACGGCGUCCUGCAGCAAGGCGGCGGGGCGGCAGUGCGACAGCAAACCCUGCAGGAACAACGGCGCCUGCAAGGAGGGAUGGAACCGCUUCGUCUGCGACUGCAUCGGCACCGGCUUCUGGGACGCCACCUGUGAAAGAGAGGCGUCCGUCCUGUCGUUCGACGGCAGCAUGUACAUGAAGGUGGUGAUUCCCGCCGCGGUGCCGACGGAGGCCGAGGACGUGUCCCUGCGCUUCACGUCCCAGCGGGCGUUCGGCCUCCUCAUGGCCGCCACGUCCCGCGAGUCGGCCGACACGCUGCGGCUGGAGCUGGACGGCGGGCGCGUCAAGCUGACGGUCAACCUAGACUGUGUGAGGAUACACUGUAACACCAGCCAAGGCCCUGAGGUUCUGUUCGCCGGACAGAAGCUCAACGACAACGAGUGGCACUCGGUGCGAGUCGUCCGCCGCGGGAAAGUCUUCAAGCUAACGGUGGACGACGAUGUGGCCGAAGGUACUAUGGCGGGCGACCACACCCGCCUGGAGUUCAACAACGUGGAGACGGGCAUCCUGACGGAGCGGCGCUUCGUCUCCUCCGCCCCCUCCUCCUUCAUCGGGCACCUGCAGAGCCUGAAGUUCAACGGGAUGCAGUACAUCGACAUGUGCAAGAACGGAGACAUCGACUACUGCGAGCUGAACGCCCGCUUCGGCCUGCGCGUCAUCAUCGCCGACCCCGUGACCUUCAGGACCAAGGGCAGCUACCUGGGCCUGGCCACGCUGCAGGCCUACACCACCAUGCACCUGUUCUUCCAGUUCAAGACCACCUCGCCCGACGGCUUCAUCCUCUUCAACAGCGGAGACGGCAACGACUUCAUCGCCGUGGAGAUGGUGAAGGGGUUCGUCCACUACGUGUUCGACCUUGGCAACGGGCCCAGCCUGCUGAAGGGCAACAGCGACAACGCGCUGAGCGACAACAAGUGGCACAGCGUGGUCAUCACGCGGGACGCCGCCAACACGCACACGCUCAAGGUCGACGCCAAGUCCGUCACGCAGAACGUCAACGGAGCCAAGAACCUGGACCUCAAAGGCGACCUGUUCGUCGGCGGUCUCGGGCCCAACAUGUACCAGAACCUGCCGAAGCUGGUGGUCUCCCGGGAGGGCUUCCAGGGCUGCCUGGCCUCGGUGGACCUGAACGGCCGGCUGCCGGACCUCAUCAACGACGCCCUGUUCCGCAGCGGCCAGGUGGAGCGCGGCUGUGAAGGCCCCAGCACGACCUGCCAGGAGGACUCGUGUGCCAACAUGGGCGUGUGCAUCCAGCAGUGGGAGAACUUCACGUGCGACUGCUCCAUGACGUCCUACUCGGGAACGCACUGCAACGACCCUGGCACCACCUACAUCUUCGGUAAGGACGGCGGUCUGAUCACCUUCACCUGGCCCAACAACGAGCGGCCCAGCACGCGCACGGACCGGCUGGCCGUGGGCUUCAGCUCCACCAUCAAGGACGGCAUCCUGGUCCGCAUCGACAGCGCCCCCCGCCUGGGGGACUACAUCAUGCUCCACAUCGAACAAGGCAAAGUGUGCGUGACGUUCAACAUCGGGACGGUAGACAUCAGCGUGAAGGAGACGACCACGGCGAUAAACGACGGCAAAUACCACCUGGUGCGCUUCACCAGGAACGGGGGUAACGCCACCUUGCAGGUGGACAACUGGCCGGUCAAUGAGCACUUCCCCACAGGCCGCCAGCUGACCAUCUUCAACACCCAGGCCACCAUCUCCAUCGGCGGCAGCGACCGGCGCCGCCCGUACCAGGGCCAGCUGUCCGGCCUCUACUACAACGGCCUGAAGGUGCUCAACAUGGCCGCCGAGGGCCACGCCAACGUCCGCGUGAACGGCAGCGUGCGGCUGGUGGGCGACGUGCCCGUCGGCCGCGGCGCGGCGCGCACCACCUCGGCGCCGCCGGAGAUGUCCACCACCUUCAUCGAGACCACCACCACCCUCUCCACCACCACCACCCGCAAGCAGCGCUCACCGCCCACCAUCCAGCCUACGACGGAUGACAUCGUGUCGUCGGCCGAGUGCUCCAGCGACGACGAGGACCUGGAGGAGUGCGAGCCCGCCGCCGCCGCCCUGCCCACCGCGCCCGGCGUGGUGCGGCGGGCGCCGCCCCCGGGGGCCUCGGAGGUGAUCCGCGAGUCCGGCGGCACCACGGGGAUGGUGGUGGGCAUCGUGUCCGCCGCCGCGCUCUGCAUCCUCAUCCUGCUCUACGCCAUGUACAAGUACCGCAACCGGGACGAGGGCUCCUACCAGGUGGACGAGACGCGCAACUGCAUCAGCAACUCGGCCACGCAGAGCAACGGCGCCGCGGCCAAGGACAAGACGCCCGGCGGCGGCAAGAGACCGAAAGACAAGGACAAGGAGUACUACGUGUAGGACGUCCCGACACGCCGCCGCGUGGCGGCGCGUGGCGCCGCGUGGCGGGGAGACAGAACCAUAUUGGCAACUGUGAUGUACAAAGAAUGAAAUCUCUUCAGAACUCUCCAGACUUCGGGAGUCACGGACCUGGAAGCACACUUACUAUUGUAAGCAUUACAGAGACGCCGCCGGCCGACGUCCUGCUGGACACGCGCGGCGGUGCAGGACGACGUCGCUAACAAGCCCCGCCCCCCCGGCGCCGUGCCGUCGCGGCGUGUCGAGCGGGAUCGGUCCCGGCGUCCGCAGCAUGCGUGUCAGGUGUCUGUGGCGUGCUGUUCGUGAGGGACCGUCGGGAACGCCGGAGGUCAGAACACGUGGUGACCAGCGAUGUCUCCGCCUCCUCGCGGAGCAGCUGUUUGUGUUUGUGUUGUUUUGUGUUCAUUUUGUUAUUUACUUAUUUAUAGGAUUUCGGUCCUUUUUUGUUUUGUUUUGGAGCACGAUGUCCAGUCAGGCUCCUCGGGGCGAGAGGAGGCGUGGCUUCAUGUUCACGUCAGAAGAGACGCAGGGAACCCAGACGGGUUCAAGGAGUACGACCCGCCAGGCACAACAACAACAACACACAACAACACCAAUGCGUUGUCGUUGUUCCCAACUUUAAAUCUUUAGCUUUUUAUUCGACUUCUUAACUUGUUGUGAAAUGUUUUUCAUGAUCUGUCCGGCUGAGAUUUAAUGAUCACAACCUUAAAAACAAAAGUAUUCCCGCCAGAGAGGUUCUGUUUGCACACGCGAUGACAUCAUCGCCUGCCGGCGUUCCCGGGAUGUAAGUCGUGUCGACCUGGAGGUCAAACUCGUCUCUCCGACCCGCGUGGAUGUUCACCGGGAGCUGUCGACCAAUUAGAAAGCGGGUCCCCGGAGGCGGGGCCUCGUCCUGAAGCAUCUCAUCGUGCUCUUCUUCUUUCAUUGGACAUUUUAAGAUCCCGACGCGAUCGUAGCGCCGCCCCCCGCUGUGAGCUUCCUGCUUCCUGUUUCCUGUUUCCUGUUUUAAACUCCAUGUCCUCUGAAGUCGUUUCUUUCUGUUCCUCGUGUAUCUUUUUGGUUUCAUGUCUCGUUUCCACGACAGCAUCUUGUUUUCUACGUCUUUAUUUAUUGCUGACGGUGUUUUCCUGUCCUCUGAGUUGAGUUGACUCAUUAUUAUUCAUUAUUGUCUUUUGCUCCUUUGACUCCGAACAAUUCCCGAAAAUAAAAAAAUGUUCCCAAACUUU